AUGCCAGAAGUUGAAGAUGAAGCACUUCAAGAUGAACCUCUUAUAUUACGAGUACUAGACUAUGAUACAUACAGUGCCCACGACAGCAUUGGAAAAGUCUAUAUAGACUUGAAUCCUCUGUUAAUCAAGAACAACCCUUCAUUAAUAAAUGGCUGGUUUCCAAUUUAUGACACUAUGCGGGGCAUACGUGGAGAACUAAAUUUCAUAGUAAAAGUUGAUUUGUUCAGUGACUUCAAUAGGUUCCGUCAGUCUUCCUGUGGAGUUCAACUUUUUUGUUGUAAGUAUCAUUUUAACUAUUGCCUUGUUAAUUGUAAAUGA